AUUUCCUUGGCGCCUUGGGUGGUUCCUUUUUUUUAAAAAGUGCAACUGCCCACUUUCCCUCUCUCUCUCUCUUUCCUCUCUUUGCGAAAGUUCACCAUGCAGUUCCGUCGUCGGCCCAGCACACCCAUUGCUCCCUCCACUAGUAUACCUACAAGCGUCCUCCAGACAUGGACUGAAGAUAUUGAGAGAGCUCGUAUCAGCGUGGAAGUCCAGGGCAUGGCAGUCGCCGUUGUACACCGAGGAAAGAUUAUCUACGCCAAGGGGUUUGGCAAGAGGAACGACGUCGACCCCUUCACGCCAGAGACCCUCAUGCCAAUUGCGUCCAUCACAAAGUCCUUUACAGCUGCUGCAGUCGGCGAGCUAGUUGGAGACAACAAAGCCAAGUGGGAAGGCGUCCCUGUGAGCGAGUAUUUGCCAGAGUUCCAGGGCCUCCCUGUUCUGGAUCUCCACUGGUACCACCGUCUGGAGCCACGGAUUGAGCUCAUCAAGCAGAUGCGGCACGUCGACGCAGAGGCACCUCUCCGAUCUGAGUACAUCUACAACAACGUUAUGGUUUCGGUUGCAGGCGAGGCUGCAGCACGGAUUGCCGGUACCACCUACGAGCAACUUGUCCUGGAUCGAGUCGUCCGACCGGUAGGAAUGGCGGAGACGGGAUUCUCAAACGUAACGCUCCAGACACGACCCAACCAUGCUCUGCCGUACAUGUGCAAGUCGUUCAGGGACGCCCAAAUGGGCUGCAAUCAUCGUUUUCCACUGGACACGCUUCCAAAAUCGGAUGCCCCGGCUGGCGACCUUCACUCCAACGUCAUUGAGCUUGCCAAUUGGGCUCGGGUGAUGAUGCACGACGGCGAACUCGACGGGAAGCAGGUCCUGAACAAGGAGAGUAUCCAGACAAUCAAGACUGCCUACACUAUUACGAGCAGGGCUCCUCGCGGCCCAGAGUUUAGUAUUGGUGCGUAUGGACUUUGCUGGGGCAUCGAGCAUUAUAAGGGCCGCCCCACCGUUCAGCACAAGUUUGCAGGCGAGUACACGCACCCUGUCGCAGGCAGGAUCAUCAUUGAGACGCCGAAAGAGGAGGACGAUGACGAAGAUGAAGACGCAGAGGAUGGCACGGCUUGCCAUCUCAAGUUUUCUUUCAACGCCACCCAAGGAAAGCUGCGCCACUACCACUACGACACGUUUGUCUUUUCGAACGCUGCCCGUGAUGCUGUGCGACUCGAAAUGAUUGUUACUUUUCUGCCAGGCGACGAUGGAAGUGUUCAGCAGUGCAGGCUCUUUUAUGAUCCCGAUCCCAUCAUCUUCACCAGGACCACUCCAAGCGCGGUAAACAGCCUUGGAGGAGCAAAAAAAUAUCUCAGGAGAAAAAAGCUCUUGUCCCGGGUGGAUUGGCUCUAG